AUGGAUUCCAACAGCGACGACGACAAGUCUACUAACCCCCAACAUCUAGUUUCCAUAACCAUCACUCACCAUGGCAAACCUCACAUCUUCUCUCUACCCCCCACAGCAACCAUCACCGACCUGUCCGAUUCCAUCUCAGCCAGCCUCUCCAUCCCCCCUCGAAAUCAAAAACUCAUGGUCUCCAAACUCGGUCUUUUAAAACUACCCUUUAAAGACCCUUCCCUACCCAUCACAUCCCUCUCUGACAAAAAAAUAACUCUCAUGGGAAGCACCAUCGCAGAAGCAUCUUCCGUCGCCGCCGGCGCACUCGCCGCCUCCCGCAUCGUCAACGGUCCCUUUACUCGACCCGCGCCCAGAGUCUCCGCAUACAAAACUUGCGACUGGAAGCGCGAACAAGAAGAAGCCCAAUACACAUUCCAAACCCUACGACCUCUUCCCUACCUCCCCAACCCCUCUAAAUCUCUGGCGUUUCUCCAACGCCUCAAAGACGACGCGGGGAUCAAAGCCGCCAUGCGCAAACACAAAUUUACCGUCCCUCUCCUGACGGAAAUGAAUCCCAUCGAACAUACCGUCUCUAAUCAUGAAGGUACAUCGCGCACCUUGGGGCUCAAUAGGAAUCAGGGGGAAGUCAUCGAAUUACGGCUGCGAACAGAUGCGUAUGAUGGAUAUCGCGAUUACAAAACGAUUCGCAGGACGCUGUGUCAUGAGUUGGCGCAUAACGUGUGGGGACCGCAUGAUCGGAAUUUUUGGAAUCUGUGUAAGGAGAUUGAGAAGGAGGUCGAGGGGAAUGAUUGGAGGAGUGGGGGUCAUGUGGUGGGGGAGGAGGAGUAUUAUAGUAGAGAGGAGGUGGAUGAUCAUGGGGGGUGGAGGGGGGGAGAAUUUGUAUUGGGAGUGGGAGGGGAGGGGGGCGCGGAGAGUACAAGGGGGGAUUUGGGUCAGGGAUUGAGUAGGAGGGAGAUUUUGGCGAAGGCCGCGGAGGAGAGAUUGAGAAAGGUGAGGGAACAGAGGGGUGGGGAGGGGGGAAGUGCGGGGGAAGGGUCGGCUUGA